AGCUGCUUCUUACCCUCUUAUGCAAAUGAACACCGAGGAGACAAAGUAAACAAAGCAAAAUGCUCCUGCCUUAGCUUUCCUGCUGGAUGCCACUCUUUAUCGUGGACCCAGAGCAGAACCCAGCACAAGUUCUAAAUAAUCCUCCACCAGCACCAAAUUUGAUAGCUCUGCCCCAAGCAAGAGAGAAGCUGCCAAGAACUACUCCCACAUUUGGGGACAGAUGCCAAUAGUAAGGUUUACCGUGGCCACUCCUGCAACAGGCACAGCCACUGAGGCAGGUUCAUCACAGCAGGUUCAUCUCUCCUCCAUGAACUGGCAGAAGGCUGUUGUGUCUCCGGAGCACCUUCCCCUCUGCCAUGGUGGAUGUGACAAGAUCAGCUGGCUUCCAGAUGGCAAGGUGUUCAGCAACGUUCAAAGGGAGAAGAUCAUCUCCAAGUUUCUUAAAGAGAGCGUUCUAAAGAGAGUGUUCCGUGCCAAGCAGGCGCCCAGCUACCAGAAAGAGGAGUCCAGCCACAGCUUUCCUGGCACCAGAAAGAUUUUAAGGGAACACAGGACCAGCUACAGCAAAAUGGGGAGAAGAAACGGGGAGACCGGUGGCACCAACCUGCGGGCCUCAGACAUCUCUCAUGAGAAUUUACCUCACUGGAGCCUGGAUUCAGAAGGACCUGUGUCUGAAAAUAAAAACCACCUCCCUGGAAGGGAGAGUGCAGCAGGUGGCAAAAUUAACAAGAACCAUCUGGAAAUUCCAAUAGAGCAAAUGAUGCUAGACCUUAAUUUGUCAGAGCCUGCUCACAAAAUAACACAGAAUAGUAAACAAGGGUCAUUUCAGUUAUGGGGUUAUCCUCUUAACGAAGGAAGUGCCACAGAGAACAGGGAUUUCAAGAAAUCUUCAAUGGAGACUGGCUUUAAUGUAACCAAUAAUUCCAUAAGGCUGUUUACGAUGAACGACCCUCUUAGUGCCUCAGUUGAUAAGCAAAUUGGUUCCUACCCUAGUCUGCAGAUGCCUUUAGGUCUCUGCUGGCCCUACGCUGACGGAGACUUUUUUAAGGACAGAAUGGAACCUCGCCUUACUUUGUAUUCAACUGAAGACAUCAACAGUGACAUUUUCUCUCCGCUGAACUGGAAUUUGAAAUAUGGAAACAGCAGCGUGGAAGAAAAUUUAACAGAUGAAAGCGAUUUAUCAGAAAAUGAAAAAGCAAAUGACACUUUACUGAGCUAUUUUAAAAAGAUGGACCUGAACUUAAAACCAGAGACAAUAGACACCGUUGAAGAGCCUUUCACAGAGGAAUCGAGUGAGGUAUUCCCGUAUCCUGAUUUUCUCCCUCCUCCUUUCAACACCCUGGACUUGCACAAAUUGGCCCUUUCAAAAUCUGAGAGUUGGAAAGGGACCAUGGAACCUGCAGAAAGCUCUGUUGAUCGCUUGAUAACCCGUUUACUGGAAAUGGAAAGAUUACAACACUUGACUGUACAAAAAGAGCGGCCAAGGCUGCCCUCCACCUUCUGCACCCUGGCAGUUAAUGAACGACCGUCUUCCUCCAAAGCUCUAUCCAAAGGGAGACAGCCAAAGCUUUCUGACUCUUUAAGUCUUCAGACAAUGGGUAUAGAUAAAAAUCGAGAAAAAAGGAAAAGCAGUUCUGGUCCUUUCAGCCUGGAACAAAAUGCUGCAAAAUGGAACUGGAGCAAUGCUGGGAAAUACAAGUGGAGUUCUAGGCCAUCUCUAAAAAGCUCCACCUCUGCGAAACAAUUGAUUGCAACUUACAAAGACUUCAAGAGUCCCAAAAGUUCCAUUUUAAUUCCAUGCCAAGAACUCUCUGCUAAGCAAGUGACUGCCCAGACAACUCCAUCACUGGUUAAAAUGGUCUCGGCUAGAUGUCUGCCACCGAGGUCUCCGGUCCAUGUUUCACCCCUCCCUCUGUCUUUUCCCGAAAACCAGAGGGAAGAAAUUAAGGCAUCAAGGACCAAAAAGAAACUUUACCGAAAAAAUAUAGCAUUGGACAGACCGUUCUAUAUUCAGAAGCUAAACUGUCUGUCACCAUCAUUUAUAGUGAAGGAUAAGUGCUCACCCAUUAACCAAAAGUAACACUGUUCUUCCAUGUGAGCACAUCUGUUCCAAGAAGUCCGGCUAAAAUAUGGUUCAUCAUGCAGAAGAUACAGGUAAUAAAAUCACACACAAAACAAUUGCUCCAUAUGAUACAGAGUGGGGCUUGUGAGAAUCUCUGCUGAGAUGUCUGUGUAGACCCUGGCGCUCCUAGACGGGGAGAGGGGACAUCUUUUGCACGUUAUGUUGCAGAGAAGUGUUCACUUAGUAAACUAAGGCAUUUGAGUCAAAAGAUUAUUUGUUUCCAGUUGUAACUCUGUCAUCAAUAAAUGGUAUAAAUAAAGUA